AAUCAGAGAUUUCUCUUACCGAGGGAAAGAAAAACCGCUCUCAUUACAUUUCUCCUCACUCUCUCCCGCUCCUGGUGCCCAUCUUUGAUCUGCCAUCUCCAGCCGGCCGUCUUCUCUAGCUGAUCGAUCUUUUCCAGUGGAUUAUCUAUUUCUCUCCUCCUUUUCCCUCCGACUCUCACAGCCAGAGGCUGACCUAAGCCACCUCCGGUCGUCAAUCUCUGGCCGCGGUCGUCUGCCCCCCACUCUCUCUCGGUUCGUCUUUGCGCAACUGGCCUUGCGCCACUGCUUUCCAGCCGUCUUCUCCAGCGACGGUCCUCCUCCGGCUCUGCGAAGGUCCUCCUCCGGCUCUGCGAAGUUCAGCACCAAAUAAGCUAUUGUCACGCAUGGUGGUGUAGUAAGUGCAGCCUGAUGAGUACGAUAGCCAUUCUUUGCCGGUAGGCGGUAGGGAAUCGCAGUCCUCAGGUGUCUCACAAAUCAGCGGUGAUUUUGUAGGUCCACGGUGGAGGGUUUGUUAGCGGCGCAACGGUUCGGUGCCCAUUGAUUUAUUCUAUCGAUGAAUUGCGAAGUUGCUUGACGUGAUUGUUAUUGCAGAUAAUUGUUAUUUCUAAAGAAUCAUUUUGUCCAACAAAGGCACCAAUACCUGCCGUUCAGGUAUUAUAAUGUCAUGGUAAUGAUGAGAUUAAGUACAAGGGGGUGAUUAUGGAGAUGGAACUUCAACGGUCCAUUUCUUCACGGGCAAACCGCAGAGGGGACCGAAAUAAUCAACACUCACAAUCUAAAGAUGUUGAAGGCAGUUUCUUUUCGCCUGGGAGGUUCUCUCCAGAUUAUCCAAUGAAAAUUGUUUGGAAGACAGGUUUUAUUCGAUUGGUUCUGGUAGGGGGAAUUUUGUGGAUGCUACUCAUUCUCACUGCAUUAUUAUUUCAUAUUUGGUCUUGCCAAUCUUCAUUGGCCUUUUUUUCAGCCAUAUGCAACAGAGAAAGCAAAGUAUAUUUCAUGUUAGACACGAUGGGACUUGUACCAAAGGCACCGCACCGUUGUCCAAUUCCUGUUACCCUUGACCCAAACAAAGUAGUUAUACCGAAGAGAAGAACUCCUGAUGAAACUGUUCUAAAUCUAUCUUAUAUUAUGGAAGAUGAGCUUGUGAAUAAUGGAUCUCAGUCAUCUCCUUUAUUUGGUGGACAUCAAACGUGGUCUCAAAGAGAGGAGAGCUUUAAAUUAAAGCCAACCAUGGAGGUGCACUGUGGUUUCAUGCGAAAUGGUGGUGCAGAAAUGGCUCCAAGAGACAUCAAAUAUGUCAAGAAGUGUAAAUAUGUGGUUGCUUCUGGGAUUUUUGAUGCAUAUGAUACACCUAAUCAGCCUUCAAAUAUAAGCCUCCGUUCUCAAAAGCUAUUCUGUUUUCUGAUGGUGGUGGAUGAGAUAUCUCUUGACUUCAUUAAAAAAAAUGUUACUGUCACAGAAGAUAAUGAUGGUGGACAAUGGGUGGGAAUUUGGCGCCUUGUUUUGCUGAAGCAUCCACCAUAUGAUGAGCCCAGAAGAAAUGGGAAGGUCCCCAAAAUAUUAACCCACAGGUUGUUUCCUAGAGCGCAAUACAGCAUCUGGAUUGAUGGUAAAAUGGAACUAAUAGUAGACCCAUUGCUCAUUCUAGAAAGAUACCUAUGGCGUGGGAAGCACACAUUUGCUAUUGCUCAGCACAAGCACCAUCGUAGUAUAUAUGAGGAAGCUGAUGCUAUCAAGCGGAGAAAACGAUAUGCUCGGCCUCUUAUUGAUCUCCACAUGAAAAUAUACCGUUACGAGGGAAUGGAGUCAUGGAGUCCAAUGAAAAAGACCAUUAGUGAUGUACCAGAAGGAGCCAUUAUCAUAAGGGAACAUACAGCACUGAAUAACCUGUUUAGUUGCUUGUGGUUUAACGAGGUUAACCUCUUUACUCCGAGAGACCAGCUCAGCUUUGGGUAUGUUGUGUAUAGGCUAGGGGGUUUGUUCAAGUUCUUUAUGUUUCCAAACUGUGAGUACAACUCGCUGUUUGUGCUGCACCCACACAUACGAGAGCAUUCUUCAAAAAUUGAGUGGGUCAAAACGAUGGACGAGUUCAAGAAAAAUAAAAAUGGUGUUUUGAAAGAGGGCAGGGGAGGAUUAGGCCUGUGGAUGCCGUAUCCUGGGAACCUGGAUUUGGUUGUUCUGCCGCCUGUAGCCAGGACCUCACAAGCAGGAUGAAAAAAAUUGUAAUCUUCAGUCAUUUUUCCCAGAUUUCUUUUCCUCUAGAAUUCUCACAUAAUUUCACUUUAUUUCUUUGUCCCGGCUUUGCUUGGGGAGCGUAGAGACACCCCUGCUAAAUUCCAAAUGAGAAUGUUGAAGCUAUUGAUGGCUUUUGAAUGUAAAUGUCCACCAAGUACCUUAGCUGAUGGAUUGUUUAUCAUAUUUCUUGAUGCCUUAAGGUAAAACUACUCGGUAGCACUUUGUACAAGCCCUUAAAACAUCAAUGCUGAUUACUGGUACAUAACCAUUUACUAA